CUCUUCUCCGGUAAGCGCAAGGCUACUCUUGGCCGGAAGACUCGAACCAUGCUGACGUUCAGUUCGAAAGAGGCUCACCAGCUCCUGCACAACAAGUUUGUGGUCAUCCUGGGCGACUCAAUCCAGCGAUGUGUUUACAAGGAUCUGGUCCAGCUGCUGCAGAGCGACUCCUUGCUCACGGCUUCCCAGCUGAAGUCCAAGGGGGAGUUGCGCUUUGAAGACGACCACUUGGUGGAAGGAGGAGUGCUGGGCUCCCUCCACAAUGGCACCCGUUACCGCGAGGUGCGCCAGUAUCGUACCGGCCACCACCUUGUCCGCUUCUACUUCCUCACGCGCGUCUACUCGGAGUACGUGGAGAGCAUUCUGGAAGAUUUCCAAGCCGGACCGAAACCGGACGUCUUGGUCCUCAACUCCUGCGUCUGGGACGUUUCUAGGUACGGCCCGUCUUCCAUGAAGGCAUAUCGCAAGAACCUGGAGACGGUCUUCAACCGGCUGGACGCCAUCCUCCCAGCCUCCUGUUUGGUCAUCUGGAACAUGACCAUGCCUCUAGGGCCCAGGGUGACAGGGGGCUUCCUUAUUCCAGAGCUGCAGCACUUAAGCAAGACCCUCCGCAAUGACAUAAUCGAGGGCAACUUCUACGGCGCCACUUUGGCCGGCUUCCACCUCUUCGACGUCCUGGACCUCCACUUCCACUUCCGCUUCGACCUGCGGAACCGUGUCAAGGAUGGCGUCCACUGGAACAACGUGGUGCAUCGCAGGAUCACCAACCUGCUUCUGACGCACGUGGCGGACGCCUGGCGCGUGGUGGUGCCCAGCAGGCACCGGAGCCCGGAUGGUGAGUGGGCAGGAUCCCAGCUCGCUUCUGAGCCCGCAUGGAAUAUGCCAGGGACACCUUUGCCGCCCCGUCUUGGCGCUUCCCAACUGCUCCCUGGCCCUCGUGACUCCCACCCGCCCCCUUACCCCUGUGUCCCCCAGUUUUACGACGACUCAGUCCUCGUUCCCAGCAACUGGGGGCCCUCUGAGCCCGUCUCUGGAUUUCGCAGCUUUGAGGACCCCCACUUCCUGACGCCCCACAUGGAUGCUGCAGCACUUCACGACUUCCGCCACCUGGGCGGCAACUCCGCGCCCGUCCCGGGCCCCUUCCCUGCUUACCCCUCCCACGACGAGAACGACCCCCCGCGCUCCUGGCGCCAGCGCAGGAGGAGCCGCAUCGAUGGGCACCACGGCAGCUACGUCAUGCGCCGUCCUUGCUUCUACCCGAGAGACGAGACCCCCUACCGGAGGUUCUGCCCCAUCCGUUCCCAGCGCUAUUGAAAUUCUUCUGGGGUCUGGCAAAGGACUUGCAACAUGUGGAUUCUCAGACAGAGCUGGUCUUUGGUGUCCGCGGGCUUUGUUUCCAUCUUGUCUGUCUAUUACCAAGAGAUUUGACCCAGGCAGCUGUUGGUCCUUUUUUGUGUUUUGUGGUGCCUUAAUUUUUUUACACGUUGACGCAACGUCCUUCUUUGAGACAUGGAGAUUCAGAGGGCAUGUGACGAUGUGCUCCUGUUGCCAGCGCCUCGGCUGGUUUGUACGUUUAUAGCACUGACCCCACCUACGGACUUUGUCUUUUUUGCCCGGGGAAGGUGAGUUCCUGUCCCCCCAGCGCAUUGCUCAGAGAGCCAGCCAGGUACCUGGAUCUGGGGGCUUCUCCUCCGUUUCCCCGCUUCCCCGCACAUUUAAAUUUCCUCCUGGAAGCACAGAAGGAAUCGUGCCACAAAAAGCCUCCCCUUCCCCAAUAUUCCUGCUUGCAGGAGUCGGCCAAUGUUGCGCCAUGCUGGGAAGGCUGUUUUGUGCAUGUUCUGUAACAGUUUGAAACCGGGGCGGGGUAUUUUUGUGUUUUGUUUUGUUUUAUACAACUCCUAAUUAAA